AUUGGUUAGGCCCUAUGAGUAGUAGACCUAAUAACAACACCUCGUCUUGCAAAACCAAGUAAAUUUAUACGAUAUAAAGUGAAGUUUAAACGUGGAAAGUAAUAUUGAAGUUCCUAUUUGGUCAUAUGAUGGACUUGAGUGAUUCAUUCUUUUUAAAGCAGUCAAUUGUCUUGAAGAAUGACAGCAAAACAUUAGUUCUGCAUGGAAAUAUUUUAUAUCGUAAGUAUGGCCGGCGCGUGGCUGACGACGACCUGCCCUGGGUGCUGGACUUCCUGCGGCGCCGCCGCGACUACCGCGGCCUCAGCCUCGCCUACAACCGCCUCUCUGACGACGGCCUGGGCGCCAUCGCGCUCUUCCUCGCGGAACACCGGCACGUGAGCAGCCUGAACGUGAUGUGCAACAAGAUCACGUGUCGCGGAGUGCUCAGGCUGGCGGAGCUGGGCGCCGACAUGCCCCUCCAGUCCUUGCGGGUCAACGGCAACCAGAUAGGACCGGAGGGAGGGCGCGGCCUGGCGCGGCUGGCGACGCAGUGCCCGGCGCUGGAACACCUGGACGUGGCGGAGACAGACCAGUCCCUGGGCAGCCUGGAGCUGCUGGCGAGCGUCCUGCACCGCGGGGACUGCAGCCUGGGGUUGCUGGACCUCAGCGCGCCCCUGGGCCCCGCGGGCCACGUGUUCGACUCCCGCCAGUUCGCCGACUCGCUGGCCAGCGCGCUGCAGGUGAACACCAGCCUGCGCGAGCUGCACGUGCAGAAGUGCCGCCUGGGCUGCCACGACGUGCAGCUGCUGGCGGCGGGGCUGGCGCGCAACGGCUCGCUGCUGCUGCUGGACCUGUGCUGCAACCUGGUGGCCGACGACGGAGCCGAGCACCUGGCCUCCGUGCUGCGCCGCGGGCCGCCGCUGCGGGGCCUCUUGCUCGCCCACAACCGCGUGUCUGACGCCGGCGCCAGUUCCCUCGGCGAGAGACUCGGCGGGCCUCGACGGGCCUCGACGGGCCCCGACGGGCCCCUGGUCCGCAGGAACCUGAGCCACGGCGUGCCCUACUCCAAGCUGUGGCUGCUGGACCUGGCGCACAACAGGCUGACGGACGACGGAGUCCUCAGCAUCCUGCACACGCUCAAGAAGGCCUUCUACAGCCGCGCGCUCUACCUCUGGGGCAACUCCAUCACGCACGUCUCCCUCAAGGUGAUGAAGAGGAUGCUGCGCUCCAAGGUGCUGCACCAGGACUUCCUGGACGUGCGGAUCUACAGCGUGGACGGCGUGGAUCAGGCGGCCUACAACCACGUGGAUCGCUCGUGCGUCCUCUACUACUGCGUGUCGGACCCGCGGGGCGACCCGGCGGCGGCGCUGAAGGAGGCGGUGCCCACCCGGGUGGUGUACCUGGAGGAGCAGGGGCUGCUGCCAGCGCGGCUAGGACCCGCCUCCCUGGGAGACACCCCGCCGCUGUCGCCGUGCAUCAGUCGCGCCUAGCCCCGCAUCCGUGCGCUUCUUUGUCAACCUCUCUUCGACUGGAAGCAGUCGUCCUCCCGAUGUACAGACAUUUCAUAUACAUACCCACAUUUAUAUAAGAUCUUUGUUUCAAAUCUGGAAAAUAUAUAUGUAACGUGUCAAGUGUG